GGCGGGGCGGGGCCACGGGCGAGGCUGCGGGGUAGGAGGCAGAGAGAGCGGAGCCGCGGUCCGCCCGCGCAGCGAGCGCUGAGCGUGGCCAGUGAGGGCCUCUUUGGGGUGCCGCGCGGUAGCGCACCCUUCUGCGUCCCGGCGGCCAGAACGUUGCUGCAGCCCCGCGAAGAGGCGUUAUUACCCCCAUUUUACUGAUGAAGAAGCCGACAACAGGACCAGAAAGGACUCGUCUUGGGGCAAGCGAUUGGAAAGGGACUCCGAAGCCCCCACGCUUCUUCCUGUACCCCUGCCGCCUCUCUGUCCUUCCCCUGCGGGUGUAGGAAACUCGCGCUGUUGGGUCUGUUAGGAAAACAGCGCUUUCUCUCGAUGCCGAGCGAGCCCCAGGCACCCUCGCCGGCCACACUUCUUUCUCACGGUGGAUGAGGUCGCCUGCAGAUCCGGGCUGGACCUUAUAGGCUGCCCAGGUGGAGAUUUUUUAAAAGCCUCGUGGGACAUAGCACCGUUGCCGAAUGCCUGGUACGUGUACGAAACCUGACUGCAUAAAAGGCACUCUGCAAACAUAGUAUGUUACCUGGAAUCCGAGAACUAAAUGAACCAGACUUUCUUUAAUUCUACAUGUGCUGUUCUCCAUUUCAAGAUGCCUUUGCAGAUUUGAUAAAUGCAAACUAACAACUCUCAAGGCCGUGACAGAAGAGAAACCAUGACUGCUUGAAGCCUGGAGGACUGCCCUUAAUUAAGGAAAAACCCCUGAUUGUUGUUUGAGAUGCUGAGAAAGUUGCUGCGGAGGAGACUUUUCUCUUAUCCCACUAAAUACUACUUACUGCUUCUUGUUCUUUCCUUACUCACCUUCUCUGUUUUAAGAAUUCAUCAAAAGCCCGAAUUUGUAAGCGUCGGGCAUUUGGAGCUGGUUGGAGAGAAUCCUAGUAGUAAUAUUAAUUGCACCAAAGUUUUACAGGGGGAUGUAGAUGAAAUCCAGAAGGUACAGCUCGAACUUCUGACCGUGAAAUUUCGGCAGCGCCCUCGGUGGACCAGCGAUGACUAUAUCAACAUGACCAGAGACUGUAAUUCUUUCAUCAAGCGACGCAAAUACAUCAUGCAGCCACUUAGUAAGGAAGAGGCGGAGUUUCCCAUAGCCUAUUCCAUAGUGGUUCACCACAAAAUCGAAAUGCUUGACCGGCUCCUGAGGGCCAUCUACAUGCCCCAGAAUUUCUACUGCAUUCACGUGGACAGAAAAUCAGCCGAUUCGUUUUUGGCCGCGGUGAUUGGCAUCGCGUCCUGCUUCAGUAACGUCUUUGUGGCCAGUCAGCUGGAGAGUGUGGUGUAUGCCUCUUGGAGUCGGGUUCAGGCCGACCUCAACUGCAUGCAAGACGUCUACAGGAUGAGUGCGGACUGGAAGUACUUGAUAAAUCUUUGCGGUAUGGACUUUCCUAUUAAAACCAACUUGGAAAUUGUCCAGAAGCUCAAGUCGCUGAUGGGUGAAAACAACCUAGAAACUGAGAGAAUGCCGUCCAAUAAAAAAGAAAGGUGGAAAAAGCAUUACACAGUUGUUAACGGAAAGCUGACGAACACGGGGACUGACAAAAUGCUCCCUCCUCUUGAAACACCUCUGUUUUCAGGCAGUGCCUAUUUCGUGGUCAGUAGGAAGUACGUGGGGUAUGUGCUAGAGAAUGAAAAAAUCCAAAAGUUUAUGGAGUGGGCAAAAGACACGUACAGCCCGGAUGAGUAUCUCUGGGCCACUAUCCAGAGGAUCCCUGAUGUCCCGGGCUCCCUGUCCCUAAGCCAGAAGUAUGACAUGUCCGACAUGCACGCGAUUGCAAGGUUCGUCAAAUGGCAGUACUUCGAAGGUGAUGUUUCCAAGGGUGCCCCCUACCCACCCUGCAAUGGGGUCCACGUGCGUUCUGUGUGCGUGUUCGGAGCAGGUGACUUGAACUGGAUGUUACGCAAGCAUCACUUGUUUGCCAACAAGUUUGACAUGGACAUUGACCUCUUUGCCAUCCAGUGUUUGGAUGAGCAUCUGAGGCAUAAAGCCCUGGAGACGUUGAAACACUGACGGUUCGUUUUAGGCGACUUUAAAAAGGACAAGACGCAUGCAUGAGACUCCCCCUACCUGUUUCUUCUGCCCGGUAAUAAAACAGAGAAACUAUAGGGCACGCUCUUUGGGUUGGGGACUCCCAUUGUGACUGUCCUCGAAGCUGCGUGAUUUCUGCCCAGCACGGUGGGUUAGAAAGGUUAUAGCAUCAUAUGUUGACCUAGAGUAAGCAUGGGGCCAGGCAGGUUGGGAGGCCCUGUGGGGGGCAGUGGUCCACGGAGCCGGGGAUGAGGCUGCAAAAACCAGCCUGUUAAAAGAACUCAGGGACUUAACAAAAUGACCAAGAUGUCAUCUGUGCCAAAAUUACUUUGAGAGCUUUAAUUACGACAGUUUUCGUGAUUUGAAUAAAUUUAUAGUGACAACCAA